CGAAUUAGGAAGAGCAAAACAGAGAGAGGAGAGGAGAGGAGAGGAGAGGAGAGGAGAGAGGAGGAGGAGGAGCACGCGUUCUUCGCCUCGCCUCUCUCGCCUCACGGGAGGAGAGGAGGAGGGCGAUUCGGAGGAGGGCGGUUGCCUUUGAUCCCAUUCCCCUCCCCCAUCUUCUCCCCCGGGUUCGGAUUCGGUCGGUCGGUUGGUUGAUCCGCAACCGAUCGAUCGAGGGGGGGUGGCACUCGCGGAUCCUCUCGUGUUCUUCCUCCAGUGCGCUGAUCUGGACACGGCGCGAUUUAUAGUCUAUCGGCCAGAUCACAAAGUUUUUCCUCGCCGUACAUUCAAAAGCUUUCUCUGAAGACUUUCUACAUUCUGAAGAUUAUAUUGGGAAUAACAUUUUAACAUGAAGGCCGAUCGGUUAAUGUUGUCCAAUCUCGACCAUGAUUUGGGAUACCUACACAAGUUUCCCUCAGAUUUUCCAAUGUCUCAUGAUCUUGGGUUGAGCUUGUUUACGCAUGCCGGUACAAUGGUGGGAAGUUCUUUGCGACAGCACAGGCAGAUCUGUUCUUCAGGAAAUUUGAUUGUUCAGGAAGCAUUUGAUCGCCUCAACAAGUUUGCCAGAGCUUUCUGCUACUGGCUUUCUAGAGUGUCUAAUCCCAAGAAUUUACGUAGGCUAAUGAGUAUGGAAGGCCCUAGCUCUGGAGCUUGCCAGUCACAUAUCAAUCAUUUGAGCUCCCGUAUGCAAAAUUUGGCUGUAUUGCAGUUUGGUUAUCUAGUAAGAGAAGAGCAUGCUGUACAACUGCUUUUAGCUAACUUCGCAAGCACAACACUUGGGCGACUCUGGAAUGAUUUUCAGCAGCAACAUGCCUGCAAUGUUCUUACUCUGGCUGGUGCCAUGGCUAUUGUACCCCCUCUUGAAAAUAUAUCACUGAAGACGCUCGCAGAGUCAAUGGCACUGGGAAAUAUCAAGGACUAUGUCAGCAGACCUAUGGAUAAGCCUUAUCUGGAGGACAAAUGCAUAAAAAGUAGAUCUGUUGCAGUGCCAAGCACAAUAUUUCAGGGAGAUGCAAUUGAACCAAAAACUGGAAUCAAGUUUCCUGCAUUUCUCGAAGAUGACUCCAGUCCAUCUACAACGGUAAUUUACCUUAUUUUGCUGGGAUACUUUACCUUAUUUUUUCAGGUCCUUGUUGGGAUGGGUUUCAAAGGUGUGAAAGUAAUGAGGGUCAAAAAUUUGGAUCUGUACGCUUUUGGUUUAUAUCUGCAACCGAAUACUAUUUCUGAGAAGCUGGGACCUAAGUAUGCUUCUGUUCCAACCAUCAACUUGAAGGACAACCCAGAUUUCUAUGAUGAUCUUUUGAGGGAAAACCUUCCUAUGAGAGUUAGAUUGGUACUUCACUACAACGGCCUUAGCAUUGGUGCAGUGCGAGAUGUAUUUGAGAAGUCACUUGGCCUGCGCCUCCAGAAGAUGAAUCCCAACACUGAUUAUCAUUGCUUGAAAACUUUUGGUUCUUACUUCAAUGAAGACAUUCCUAUUCCUGCGGGUACAAAGAUCGACUUCUGCCAAACUUCUGAUGGCCAGCUAAUAACAGAAAUUGAUGGCAGACAAAUUGGUGCUGUUAAGAGCAAAGACCUCUGCAGGGCUCUGUUCGGUAUGUACAUUGGCGAUUCACCGGUCUCAUUGCAGGCCAAAAAAGAUAUUGCCCAAAACGUAGCCGGGCUCAUAGGUAAAUGCUGAAGAAACUGGAAACCAAACGCAGCUAGUCGGCCAAUUAUUUCAUUCUUCUAUACAGUAAGAAGAGGAAGCACACAUUGAAGAGAUUAGGCGAGGAUCAUAGUAUGUAUAUACAUCGAGAGAUCUGUAACUUGUAAAGUGAAAAAAGAAAAAGCAAAAUCGUAAUGUACAUAUGGAAGAUUAGCAUCUGUUUACGGCGCAAGGGCACCCAUUCCUUUUUCUAUGUGGAUGGAUGGACCCUCUGCCAUUUCAUACACAGGAGUGACAGGUUGUAUAGUACAUGAGAAAUUCAGAUGCCUCUUCCAUGAGUAUAAUACAAGUUCUCAAAUCUUUUUGCCCAUA